AUGUUCUUUCUUUCUUUCUUUCUUUCUUUCUUUCUUUCUUUCUUUCUUUCUUCGUCCCCACACCAAUUGUUUCUUUCUGUUGUAAAAUUCGCUUCACUGAUGUUCUUUCUUUCUUUCUUUCUUUCUUUCUUUCUUUCUUUCUUUCUUUCUUUCUUCGUCCCCACACCAAUUGUUUCUUUCUGUUGUAAAAUUCGCUUCACUGAUGUUCUUUCUUUCUUUCUUUCUUUCUUUCUUUCUUUUUUUUUUUCUUUUUCUUCCUCCCACCAAUUGUUUCUUUCUGUUGUAAAAUUCGCUUCACUGAUGUUCUUUCUUUCUUUCUUUCUUUCUUUCUUUCUUUCUUUCUUUCUUUCUUUCUUCGUCCCCACACCAAUUGUUUCUUUCUGUUGUAAAAUUCGCUUCACUGAUGUUCUUUCUUUCUUUCUUUCUUUCUUUCUUUCUUUCUUUCUUUCUUUCUUCUUUCUUCGUCCCACUGUUAUAAAAAUUCGCUUGUUUCUUUCUUUGUUUCUUUCUUUUCUUUUUUCUUUCUUUCUUUCUUUCUUUCUUUCUUUCUUUCUUUCUUUCUUUCUUUUCUUUCUUUCUUUCUUUCUUUCUUUUUUCUUUCUUCGUCCCCCACACCAAUUGUUUCUUUCUGUUGUAAAAAUUCCUUCACUGAUGUUCUUUCUUUCUUUUCUUUCUUUCUUUUCUUUCUUUCUUUCUUUCUUCGUCCCCCACCAAUUGUUUCUUUCUGUUGUAAAAUUCCUUCACUGA